AAAACUACCACCUUCGUUAGAGAUAAGUAAAUUAAAUUUAAAAAGAGUAUAAAGUUAAAAAACUAUAUAAAUCAAACCUGACAAAAUGUUUCAUAAACAUUUGAAAACAUUACUGUGCGUAUUGUGGUGCCUCUACAAUCCGGUGAGAUCAGAAGCUCAGGCCAAAGCUCAACUCGAUUUGCCACCUCUAACGAAUACACAGCCAAAUGGUUUCUACAAUGCAUACACAGUGACAACACAACCUCAAGCUCUAGCUGAUUCGGAUAGAGCCCAGAGAUUUGGUCCGCCUUAUUCUGAUGACCAAAAUUCAGAUGAUGGUUCAGAUGAUUUUAGGAAUGGUCAAACUUACGAUGAACGCAUGCGCUAUGGUCUUCGAUCACUACCUUAUCAACAAUACAAUAAUAGCUUCGGUUUAGAUUCUCCAUUUAGUGAUAAAAAUCUCUACAAUAAUCACAAUCAACAACAACUUAAUCAAAACACUUAUAGUGAUCGUUACGGCAACAAUUACAAUCAUCCACAACAACCACAAUUGCCGCAGCAAAGACCACAACCUCAACCGCCCCUCAUUAAUAGCAAUCUAUAUAAUUAUCCCAAUAACAUACUAAAUGAUGGUACUCCCAUACCACCAACCAAUAAUUUUGAUUCUACCACUUAUAAUCCUAAUAAUUUCUUUCCCGAUGAUCGUAAUCGUUUUCAAAAUCCCUUCGAUGGCAAUCAAGAUCGUUUCAAUUUGAAUCAACGUUACGGAGAACGUCAACGUUUUCAACAGGAUCGUCGUUAUCAAAUAGAAUUGGAGAAAUUGCGCAAUUUAUUGGUGGAAACCGAUCAAAAGGGUGCUCAAGAAUGUACCGCCAAUGUAGCGGCACAGUGGAAUUUUGAGACAAAUGUUAAUGAUUUUACACAAACAGAAGCGCUCAAUGCCCAACAACGUUAUGUGGAAUUUCAACGGCUGGUAGCCCAACAAUCACGACUUAUUAACAAAGAACUAAUAUUCGAUCGCAGACUAUAUCGUCAACUUAUGCUGCAAUCAGAAGUGGGGCCAAAUGCUUUGCCGCUGGAAUCCUUAGAUAGAUACAAUCGCCUGAUCAAUGAAAUGUUGUAUAUUUACAAUGGUGCCAGUAUUUGUGCUUACCAGCAACCUUUCCUUUGCAAUUUACGUUAUAUACCCGAUCUUAAGGAAAUCAUGUCCAAGUCCAGAGACUGGGAUGAAUUGCAACACACUUGGGUGGAAUAUCACCGCAAGGCGGGCAGAGAAAUGAGAGAUGGUUAUGAGCAGUUGGUGGAUGUAAUGAAUGAAGUGGCUUUUUCCAAUAAUGUUACUAAUGGCGGUGAAUAUUGGUAUUUAGCUUAUGAAUCGGGUAAUUUCCGUCAAGAUGUCGAUAUAGUUUGGGAACAAAUUAGGCCUCUGUAUGAGGCUUUACAUGCCUAUGUACGUCGUCGUUUACGUGAAUACUAUGGACCCGAAAGAGUUAAUCGUAUAGCUCCCAUACCCUCACACAUAUUGGGUAAUAUGUAUGCUCAAUCGUGGUCGAAUGUUUUGGAUAUUGUUAUACCUUAUCCGGGUAAAAAGUUGAUAGAUGUGACACCUCGUAUGCUGGAGCAAGGUUAUACUCCAUUAUUAAUGUUUCAAUUGGCUGAAGAGUUUUUCACUUCCAUCAAUAUGUCGGCUGUGGGACCAGAAUUUUAUCAAAAUUCUAUUAUAGAACAACCUAUAAACCGCAGAAUUCUUUGUGAACCCUCGGCUUGGGACUUUUGUAAUAGACAUGAUUUCCGGGUGAAAUUGUGUACAGAUAUAAAUCAAAAAAGUUUGAUUAGUGUACAUCAUGAAAUGGCUCAUAUCCAGUACUUUUUGCAAUAUAGGCAUCUGCCCAAGGUCUUUAGAAAUGGAGCAAAUCCUGCUUUCCACCAAGCUAUCGGUGAUGCUAUAGGUUUAUCUGUGGCCACUCCUAAACAUUUCCAAACUUUGGGUUUACUUCAACGCUCCGUGGAUGAGAGUAGUUAUGACAUUAAUUAUCUCUUUACCAUGGCCAUAGAUAAAGUCGCAUUUUUGCCCUUUGCCUUGUCUCUGGACAAUUGGCGCUAUGAUGUGUUUAGUGGAGCGGCGAACAAACAUCGUAUGAAUUGUCAUUAUUGGAAUUUAAGAGAAAAAUAUAGCGGCAUUAAACCUCCGGUUUUGCGUUCCGAAAAAGAUUUCGAUCCUGGUGCAAAAUAUCAUGUACCCGCUAAUAUACCCUACAUAAAGUGA